AUGAGAACCAUCGUGUGGCUUUGCUGCAUCCUAGUCACAUGCCAUGCAUCGCACCGAAGAACUUUCCUCUCACUCUUCAAGGUAUGUCCACGGUCCAAUCCGCACUGGAAUGAUUGUCUCAAAGACGCCAUACAGGACGCUCUGAGUGUCCUGAAAGACGGUUUGUACCAGUAUCAUUUCCCAUCCAUGAAUCCCAUCAAGGUGGAAAAUUGGGUCGUGGAGCCGACGCCCGUCCUAAAUUUUGUUCAAGAGCUUGAAAAUAUUGAAUUGUUCAAUCACACCGAGGUCACCAUCGAAAAAGUCGAUGCCAUAGAAUCAGAUGGAGAAUUUACCCUCAAAAUUAAAUGCACCGGUCCAGCUGUGAGGUACUCGGCAGACUACAAGUACGUCGACGCAAUCAUCGACGGAUUCGACUACAGCAGCGAAGGCAGAUCGGACUACAUGAUAGUGGGUUACCGUGCCGAUCUAAGCAUGGCGGGAAAGGUGGGUGUAAACGGUCUUCUCAAAAUUACUAAGUCGGAAGUGAAUAUCAAAUGUGAUACUUUCUACGGGGUCUACAAGUCGACAGACAAAGAACUGAGCACAAGAAUAAACAACUUUCUCGAUGUGAACAGAAUCGUCCUUAAUCCGCACGUCAUGAAGAAAUUUGGAGAUCUGCACGCUUACGCCUAUAAGGUCCUCGCGAAUACUAUCUUUGCUCAAAUUCGUUUCGAUGAAAUGUUUCCUAGUUCGGAACUGCGCCGUUGUACAAGCUGAAGUUUUGUGAAUCUUAGAUUUGGGAUAUUUUAAACUUUGAGAUUUUGCGAUUUUGAUCUUUGUGGACUUUGGGAGUUUGAGAUUACGGGAUUUUUGGGAGUUUUAAA